CAGUUCUGGGCAGAGAAAUUGCUUCUGCCCCAAAAAACUCCCUUUCUCCCUUUCCAGGUAGCCUCUGAUGUGAAGGGCGUACAUUUGGAACCAAAGAAGGAGAACCAACUUGGCUGCAAUAAAAAGAAAGAGAUGGCCAGAAGGAAGCUGAAAGAUUUUACUACGCUGGAGCUGAUGCUCAGUGCUCUGUUGCUCAUUAUGUUCAUCGUCAUGAUCCCCCUGUUCGUGCUUUCUGCCAGGGAGUCUUCGGGUCAAGGAGUCAAAGGUCCUGGGACUCCGGAUCCUGCUGAGUGCCCAGUGGUCAAUGAAUCGGAGCGGAUAAACUGCAUCCCGGACCAGUCGCCCACAAAGGCCACAUGUGAGCAGCGCGGCUGCUGCUGGAAACCCCAGGGACCCAUCAGCGUGCCCUGGUGCUACUAUUCGAAGAGCCAUGGCUACCAACAGGAGGGCGACCGUAGAAACACAAACGCAGGGUUCACAGCCCAGCUGAAAAGGCUGCCUUCUCCAUCCCCGUUUGGAAAUGAUGUCAACCAUGUCCUUCUCACAGCGGAAUAUCAGACACCUAAUCGUUUCCACUUUAAGCUAACUGACCCAAACAAUGACAGGUACCAAGUGCCCCAUGAACACAUCCAAGCCUUCAAAGGAGAUGCUGCUUCUUCCCGGACCUAUGACGUUGAGGUCUCCAAACAGCCAUUUAGCAUCAAAGUGAUCAGAAGAAGCAACAACCGUGUCCUGUUUGACUCAAGCAUCGGGCCCCUCCUGUUUGCUGACCAGUUCCUGCAGUUCUCCAUCCGCCUGCCCAGUGCUAACGUGUACGGCCUGGGAGAGCAGGUGCAUCGGCAGUACCGCCAUGAUAUGAAUUGGAAGACCUGGCCCAUCUUCACCAGGGAUACAACACCCAAUGGGGAGGGAAAUAACUUGUAUGGUGCACAGACAUUCUUCCUGUGCCUUGAAGAUGCUAGUGGAUUGUCCUUUGGAGUGUUUCUGAUGAACAGCAAUGCCAUGGAGGUUGUCCUCCAGCCCACACCAGCCAUCACUUACCGCACCAUCGGGGGCAUUCUGGACUUCUAUGUGUUCUUGGGAAACACUCCGGAACAAGUGGUCCAAGAGUAUCUGGAGCUCAUUGGAAGGCCAGUCCUACCCGCAUACUGGGCACUUGGAUUUCAUCUCAGUCGCUAUGAUUAUGGAUCCCUGGACAACAUGAAAGAAGUCGUGGAGAGAAACCGGGCAGCACAGCUUCCUUACGAUGUUCAGCAUGCUGAUAUUGACUAUAUGGAUGAGAGGAAGGACUUCACUUAUAAUCCAGUAGCUUUUAAAGGCUUUCCUGAGUUUGCUAAGGAGUUGCACAAUAAUGGACAGAAACUGAUCAUCAUUGUGGAUCCAGCUAUCUCCAUCAACUCUUCCUCAAGUCAUCCCUACGGCCCAUAUGACAGAGGUUCAGACAUGAAGAUAUGGGUCAAUGCUUCCGAUGGAGUGACUCCACUCAUUGGGGAGGUCUGGCCUGGAAAAACUGUGUUUCCUGAUUAUACCAACCCCCAGUGUGCUGUUUGGUGGGCAAAUGAAUUUAAGCUUUUCCACAAUCAAGUGGAGUUUGAUGGGAUUUGGAUUGAUAUGAAUGAGGUCUCCAACUUUGUGGAUGGUUCAGUUUCAGGAUGUUCAACAAGCCAUCUAAAUUAUCCCCCGUUUAUUCCCAGAGUCCUGGAUGGGUACCUGUUCUGCAAGAGCCUCUGCAUGGAUGCAGUUCAGCACUGGGGCAAGCAGUACGACACCCACAAUCUGUAUGGCUACUCCAUGGCGAUUGCCACAGCAGAAGCUGCCAAGACGGUGUUCCCUGAAAAGAGAAGCUUCAUCAUAACCCGUUCCACCUUCGCGGGAUCUGGCAAGUUUGCAGCCCAUUGGUUAGGAGACAACGCGGCCACCUGGGAUGACCUUCGGUGGUCCAUCCCUGGCAUGCUCGAGUUCAACCUGUUUGGUAUCCCAAUGGUUGGUGCUGAUAUAUGUGGCUUCGCGCUGGACUCCCCCGAGGAGCUCUGCAUGCGGUGGGGGCAGCUGGGAGCGUUCUACCCAUUUUCCAGGAAUCACAAUGGCCAAGGCUUCAAGGCCCAGGAUCCUGCCUCCUUUGGAGCCGACUCUCUGCUGGUGAAUUCCACCAGGCACUACCUUACCAUUCGCUACACUCUACUGCCCUAUCUCUACACGCUCCUGUAUCGGGCUCACAGCUGGGGCAACACCGUGGCCAGGCCCCUUCUGCAUGAGUUCUAUGGGGACAGCAACACUUGGGAUGUGCACCAACAGUUUCUUUGGGGGCCUGGCCUCCUCAUCACUCCAGUUCUACAUGAGGGAGCAGAGAAAGUGAUGGCAUAUGUGCCCGAUGCUGUCUGGUAUGAUUAUGAGACUGGGGGCCGAUUGAGAUGGAGGAGGCAGAAAGUGGAGAUGCAACUUCCCAGAGACAAAAUUGGACUUCACCUUAGAGGAGGCUACAUCUUCCCCACCCAACAGCCAGCCACAACCACGGUGGCCAGUCGACGGAACCCUCUGGGUCUCAUCAUCGCCCUAGAUGAGAACAAAGAAGCCAAAGGCGAACUUUUCUGGGAUGACGGGGAAACGAAAGAUACUGUGGCCAAUAAAAAUUAUCUCUUCUGUGAAUUUUCUGUUACCCAAAACCGCUUGGAUGUGAAGAUUUUGCAGUCAUCCUACAAAGACCCCAAUAAUUUAGUCUUUAAAGAGAUUAAAAUCCUUGGGACCAAGGAACCUAACAAUAUUACAGUGAAGAAAAACGGUGUCCAAAUUCAGGUUUCUCCUAAAGUCACUUACGAUUCUAACCUACAGGUCGCCCUUAUCACAGGACUUGACCUGGUCCUGGGAGAAGCAUACACUGUGGAAUGGCACCUGAAGACAACGGAGGCAGAAAAAAUAGACUGUUAUCCUGAUGAGGAUGGUGCUUCCGAAGAAAAGUGUACUGCCCGUGGCUGUGCCUGGGAGGCCUCCACUUCCCCAGGGGUCCCUUUUUGCUAUUUCACCAGUGAUCUAUACUCUGUCAGUGAUGUUCGAUAUGACCAACACGGGGCCUCAGCUGUCAUCUCUUUAAAGUCUUCUCUCUAUGCCAACGCUUUCCCCUCAACCCCGGUGAAGUCCCUCCGUCUGAACGUGACCUACCACAAGAAUGACAUGCUGCAGUUUAAGAUUUAUGAUCCCAACAACAAUCGGUAUGAAGUCCCAGUUCCUCUCAAUAUACCCAUGGUUCCAUCCAGCACCCCUGAGAGUCAACUCUAUGAAGUCUUCAUUAAGGAGAAACCAUUUGGGAUUGAAAUUCGCCGGAAGAGUACAGGCACCGUGAUUUGGGACUCUCAGCUCCUUGGCUUCACCUUCAAUGACAUGUUCAUCCGCAUCUCCACCCGCCUUCCCUCCAAUUACAUCUAUGGCUUUGGAGAAAAUGAACACAGAACCUUUCGGAGAGAUUUGAACUGGCACACAUGGGGGAUGUUUUCCCGAGACCAACCCCCUGGGUACAAGAAAAAUUCCUAUGGCGUCCACCCCUACUACAUGGGACUGGAGGAGGAUAGCAAUGCCCAUGGAGUGCUUCUGUUAAACAGCAAUGCCAUGGAUGUGACAUUCCAACCCCUGCCUGCAUUGACAUACCGCACCACAGGAGGAAUUCUGGACUUUUAUGUGGUCUUGGGGCCAACUCCAGAGCUUGUCACUCAGCAGUACACUGAGUUGAUCGGUCGGCCAGUGAUGGUUCCUUACUGGGCCUUGGGGUUUCAGCUGUGUCGCUAUGGAUACAAGAGUGACUCUGAGAUUGCCAGCUUGUAUGAUGAGAUGGUGGCGGCCCACAUCCCCUACGACGUGCAGUACUCGGACAUUGACUACAUGGAGCGGCAGCUGGACUUCACCCUCAGUGACAAGUUUGCUGGGUUCCCAGCUCUGAUUGCUCGCAUGAAGGCCGCCGGGAUGCGCGUCAUCAUCAUUCUGGACCCAGCCAUUUCUGGAAAUGAGACACAGCCCUAUCCCGCAUUCACGCGGGGUGUGGAGGAUGACGUCUUCAUCAAAGCUCCAAACGGUGGCGACAUUGUCUGGGGAAAGGUCUGGCCUGAUUUUCCCAAUAUCACUAUCAACGGGUCUCUAGACUGGGAGAGCCAAGUGGAGCAAUAUCGAGCUUACGUGGCCUUCCCAGACUUUUUCCGGAAUUCAACUGCCACCUGGUGGAAGAGGGAGUUGAGAGAACUAUACACCAAUCCACGGGACCCAGGGAAGAGUUUGAAGUACGAUGGAAUGUGGAUUGAUAUGAAUGAACCAUCCAGCUUUGUGAAUGGAGCAGUUCCUCCGGGCUGCAAAGAUGCCCUUCUGAACCACCCUCCUUAUAUGCCACAUCUGGACUCCAGGGACAGGGGGCUGAGCAGCAAGACCCUGUGCAUGGAGGGCGAGCAGAUCCUGCCCGACGGCUCCCGGGUGCGACAUUACGAUGUGCACAGCCUGUACGGGUGGUCCCAGACCAGACCCACAUACGAAGCGGUGCAGGAGGUGACAGGACAGCGAGGGGUCGUCGUCACCCGCUCCACGUUCCCCUCUUCUGGCCGCUGGGCAGGACACUGGCUGGGAGACAACACAGCAGCGUGGGACCAGCUGCGGAAAUCUAUCAUUGGCAUGAUGGAGUUCAGCCUCUUCGGCAUAUCCUAUACAGGAGCAGAUAUCUGUGGGUUCUUUAACGAUGCUGAAUAUGAGAUGUGUGCUCGCUGGAUGCAGCUGGGGGCCUUUUACCCCUUUUCCAGGAACCACAACACCAUCGGGACGCGGAGGCAAGACCCUGUGUCCUGGGAUGCUAAGUUUGCGAAUAUGUCUCAAAGUGUCCUGCAGACCAGAUACACCAUCUUGCCAUAUCUCUACACUCUGAUGCACCUGGCCCACACGCAGGGUAGUACUGUGGUGAGGCCUCUUCUCCAUGAGUUUGUGUCAGACCGGGUGACCUGGGACAUACAUGAUCAGUUCCUGCUGGGCCCAGCCUUCCUGGUCAGCCCCGUCCUGGAGCCUAUGGCCAGAAAUGUCACCGCGUAUUUCCCGAGAGCCCGCUGGUAUGAUUACUACACGGGUGUGGACAUUAACACAAGGGGACAGUGGAAGUCCCUGCCAGCCCCUCUGGAACACAUUAAUCUUCAUGUCCGUGGGGGCUACAUCCUGCCCUGGCAGGAGCCUGCACAGAACACCCACUUAAGCCGCCAGAAAUUCAUAGGCUUCAAGGUUGCCUUGGACGAUAAGGGAACUGCUGAAGGUUGGUUCUUCUGGGACGAUGGGCAAAGCAUUGAUACCUAUGAAAAAGGACUUUAUUACCUGGCCCACUUUUCUGCCAGCCAGAAUACAAUGGAGAGGCAUGUCCUUUCAAACAAAUACAUCACCGAUACAAACCCUUUGAGUCUGGGCUACAUCGAGAUCUGGGGAGUGGGCAGUGACUCCAUUUCCAGUGUUAGCAUGUCUUUGAGCAACAGGGUUAUAACACCCAGCUUCACCUACUACGCUACAAGACAGCUGUUAAUGAUUGAGGUGGCCAGCAAAAAUAUCAGCCUACAUAAUUUCAUUUCAUUGACAUGGAAAAGCACUCUGUGAAUUUUAAGAGCAAGAGCCUGUGAAUGACUUUGGAACUACUUACACCACUUGCUUGCAAAAUGAUUGUGUGUUGCUAAUUGGUUCAUGCCCAGCAAGGGUAAAAUCUUUCAUUAAUUUUGUUGUAUGUUUCGUCUGUGUCUUAGCCCUAUGGGAUAGGCAGUAGGGAGGUGUGGAAAAUCGAUGGGUUACCUUAAUGUGUCUAUGUGAUUAGUAUGGUAUCUAUUGUUCAUUGUACAUUUACUGAAGAUGAACUGGGUCUGAGGGGAAGUGUGUGUGUGUGUGUGUGUGCAUGUGUAUGUGUGUAACCAGGAAAUAGGUCCCACUCUCCUGCUGAAUACACAAAAAAAAGCUUUCCAGGAGAGUUUUCAGGCCCUCGAGCUAACACUCCAAGAAAGUAUCUAGAAAGGGCAUCUAAUGGGUGGCUAUACAGAGAGGGGCAUGCUAUGUUGGGAGCAGGAUCUAAGGGGAAGACAAGGCAAACACAAGGAAAGGUAAGCAGGAAAGAUGGGUAGAAACAGAUCGUGAUACAAAAGGAGAAGACAAUGUUAAAUGAUCAGGAAGAUUAGCCUCAAGGGGAGGAGAAAGGAAGAACCAAGUCACUUGAAAACAAGAAGAAGGGCUGCAAUGGUUCUCAACCUUCCUAGUGCCGUGACCUUUUAAUGCAGUUUCUCGUGUUGUUUGUGGGCGUAUCUGCAUGUUUGUGGAUGGCCAGGAGACGGAUAGAGGAGCGGUGUCUUUGUUCCUAAGACCAUCGGAAAGAUGUGUUUUCCAAUUAUCUUAGAUGACCCCUGUGAAAGGGUCGUUCGAACCCCAAAGGGGUUGCAACCCACAGGUUGAGACCCACUGGCUUAGGGGAAACAAAACAUGGGAGUAGGGGUGAGGAGGCCAUGUAAGAGGCAAAACCAAAGGAGUUUGAAUGUAAAAAAAUUAACUUAUUUUUGCAGUGGUGAGCUUUGAAAUGUGUAAAUCAUACUUCUCGACUCUGUGCCUGUGUAUCAUUACCGUUUACAUACAUGCAUGCAACUUCUGUGCCAGAGCAAAAUAAAACAAGC